ACUCCGCAGACGCCGUCGCGCGGUGCCGGGAGUGGUCACCCGGAGCGGAGGAGUUCCCUCAGGUGAACCCCCGCGUUUUGGUCCGAGCUCCUGCGUGAUCCCGCUGCCCCAGCGGGUGGUGCCGGCCUCCGGUUGUCUAGACUAGGCGUUGUGGGCAGAGGGGCGGGCGGGGCGGCUCGGCCUGGGCGGGGUUGGGGCCUCGGAGGCCCCUCCCCAGAGCGGGUCUGAGGGCAGCCCUCCAGAGGGUGCCCAGGACGGCCGAGCCUAACCCGCCCCGGAGCCUCCCUGCAGGGCUGCGUGGCGAGGCUGCCCUAGGCGACGGGGCAGGUGUGCGGUCCCAGCCAUGCCCAGCCUCAGAGCUCGCUCUGAAGAGGCAGAAAUGGAGCCCUCAGUUCCUGGACCAUCCCCUUGGAUCCCUGCAGCCCAGGCAUGUGUGAGUGAUGCUCCUGCCAUGACCCACCCUGGAUCUACACUCCGUGAUCCCCAUUGCUGUGACUACACUGAGCCAGGAACCACCCCCUCUCACCUUCAGCAGCCAGAUUGGGACACCAGGACUAAGGACACGGAGUCUCUUCAGAAGAGAGAAGUUUCCGAGGAUUUGGAAUCACAGGCAGAAGUAUCAGAAAACUAUACCAGUGAUUUUUCCCAGGUUUCUGAGCUUAGAGAACUCUGUGAUGAUGUACUGGAGAGAGAUUGGGGAGCCCCUGACAGUGAGAGACGGGUGCACUCCCACUACCAGGAGCAGGGCUUCACACCGGUGGAAGUGCUCCUUAGCAGCACCUUAGAGAAGGAGCUGGGCUGUGAUGACUUUGUGAGAAGCUUCAGUCUGAACCCAAACCCAGUGGCGUCUCAGGGAAUUCCUACAGAAGAGAGGCCACAUAUGUAUGACAUGUGUGGCCACAGCUUCCAACACAAUGCAGAGUUAACUACCCAUGAAGGGCUUCACAUAGCUGAAAGCCCACUCAUAUGUAAUGAUUGUGGGAAAACCUUCAGAGGAAACCCUGAUCUUAUUCAGCAUCAGAUAAUCCAUACUAGACAAAAGUCCUUCAUAUGCAAUGAAUGUGGAAAAUCCUUCAGUCAGAGCUCAUUUCUUAAAAGUCAUCAGAGGUCUCAUGUGAGUGAAAAGCCCUAUCAAUGCAGUGAGUGCAGGAAAACCUUCAGUGUGCAGUCAAACCUCAUUAGGCAUCAGAUUAACCACAGCAGUGAGAAGCCUUAUGUAUGCAAUGAAUGUGGAAAAGCUUUCAGCCAGAACUCAAGCCUUAAAAAGCACCAGAAGUCUCACAUGAGUGAGAAGCCCUAUGAAUGCAGUGAAUGUGGGAAGGCAUUUAGGCGAAGCUCAAACCUCAUCCAACAUCAAAGAAUUCAUUCUGGAGAGAAGCCGUAUGUGUGCAACGAAUGUGGGAAGGCCUUUAGGCGGAGCUCAAAUCUCAUUAAACACCACAGGAUCCAUACAGGUGAGAAACCUUUCCAGUGUAAUGAGUGUGGGAAAGCAUUCAGCCAGAGCUCACACCUAAGAAAGCAUCAGAGAGUUCACACUGGAGAGAGACCUUACGAGUGUAAUGAGUGUGGCAAACCAUUCAGCCGGGUCUCCAACCUCAUUAAGCAUCACAGGGUUCACACUGGAGAGAAACCCUAUAAGUGCAGUGACUGCGGGAAGGCCUUCAGUCAGAGUUCAAGCCUCAUUCAGCAUCGAAGAAUUCACACUGGAGAAAAACCUCAUGUGUGUAAUGUGUGUGGAAAAGCCUUUAGCUACAGCUCAGUGCUCAGAAAGCAUCAAAUAAUCCACACAGGAGAGAAGCCAUAUGAAUGUAGCAUCUGUGGCAAGGCCUUCAGCCACAGCUCAGCCCUCAUUCAGCAUCAGGGUGUGCACACGGGUGACAAGCCCUAUGAGUGUCGGGAAUGUGGAAAAACAUUUGGUCGGAGCUCAAACCUUAUCCUUCACCAGCGUGUUCACACUGGGGAGAAACCCUAUGAAUGUACCGAAUGUGGAAAAACCUUCAGCCAGAGUUCAACUCUCAUUCAGCAUCAGAGAAUCCAUAAUGGAUUGAAACCCCAUGAAUGUAACCAGUGUGGUAAAGCCUUCAACCGAAGCUCAAACCUUAUUCACCACCAGAAAGUUCACACUGGAGAGAAGCCAUACACAUGUGUCGAAUGUGGUAAGGGCUUCAGCCAGAGUUCACACCUUAUUCAACAUCAGAUAAUCCACACUGGUGAAAGGCCAUAUAAGUGCAGUGAGUGUGGGAAAGCCUUCAGUCAACGUUCGGUCCUUAUCCAGCACCAGAGGAUCCACACCGGUGUGAAACCUUACGACUGCUCUGCUUGUGGGAAAGCCUUCAGCCAGCGGUCCAAGUUGGUCAAACAUCAGCUGAUCCAUGCUAGGGAGUGAAACAGAGCUCCAUUCCCGACUCCUCUGGCCACGUCCCAGCCUCACCCACUUCCCAGACUUGAAGCCAGGCUCACUUGCUGCCCUAUAACCCUAUAUCCCACUGUCCACAAAGCCCUGACCCUCCUUCUCCUGUCAUCACUCCUGCCUUGUGUGAUCUCUUGUUUCUUGUUUGCCUUGUGUGUACAUUUUGUUAUCAGACUGCCACAUUUAUUAGGAGGAAAAAGAUGAUUGAAGCUACAUACUCAUGAAUAGAGUUUAUUACUAUAAUCAAACAGAACCAAAAAAGUAAGCUGACAUUUGAUUCAAAAUAAUGACAGUAAUUCUUGUAUUUGGUAGUCAUAAAGAGUGGGUUCUUUGUCUGUGGUUAUAAUUGAUAUUCUGUUUACAUAAAUCAGGUCAAGAGUUUUUCAGUUCAGAUUACAGUCAACCUUCCCAGAAGUGGUGUGUAGUCAUUACCACCUUUUUUUUUUUUACCUUUCCAUACAGUCACUGGAUGCAGGAACCCUUCUGCUCCCUUGCCCUUGUGCCUGAGUCUGAGGUCAUGCUUUCUUCUUACAGUCCCACUCAGGGCUGGUGCACAAUUACACAUGCAGGUGAUUCCCAACCUCCCAGUUCUGUGCCUUGUGGUCCUGGCUGUUUGCCCCACAGAGGCCUGCCCUCCUCAUGUCCCUCCUGUUCUCCCCACAAGUUUCCAAGUUCAGUUUUCUCCCAAGCCCACUCAUCACCAUUUAUAGAGGACCUGUGAGUGCUCCCAGUAGGUGGGAAUUGGCCUCUCAGUUUCCCAGAGCUGUGCCCUUUACUGUGAGCAGGGGGAGUUGGCCCAGAAGCAACACAUCUGCCAUGAGAAAGGCCCCUGGAUGCCAGCCAGCAGGUCUCAACUUGGAGUAUCCUCGAAUGGGUGGAUGGAGAAGCCCUUCCUGCACUGUCCAGGAGGAAAGGCAUUAAUGGACAGAUGUAAUCAGGCUUGCAGUUAAGGUAGGAAGGUAAGGCCUUGGCUUCUGUGCUUUCAAAGUAGAGGCAAAGUCAUCAGUUGCAAAUGAGGAGAGAGAGGUUUGAAGAGGGAAGUAUGUGAGUUGGUUCAAGGGUGCACAGGUCGUUUCCAUGGUCUUGGGCUACAGUGGACUGCCUAUCCCUCUCUCAGAGGUCAUCAGGGUAGCCCAUCACUGCUCACUCCCUCUCCUCCACUUCAGCCCCAAUUUCCUAAGGCAAUGCGCUAGAUGACAAACUGCCACAUUUGCAGUCUUGGGGACAGCCUUGAUCUGUUAUCCUUCAACUCACUUGCUCAUUUUUCACCCCAUGGAGACCUCCAUCUGUUAACCCUCAUGCUUUCUCACUGUCAGGCAAUCCUUUCUGGCUUCACAUUCCCCUUUGUCCAGCCUAGGUUCCAUCUCCCUCCCCCUCCCCUGUGAAUACUUACGGGAUACUUACUACAUUUAUAGGGACACAGCAAGAAACAACCCUGCCCUUGAGGUCAGUGGAUAGAGAAAAAUGACCUAAUGAGGGUCAUGACUACUAUGAGGUGAAAGGAAAACAGGAAUAAGGUCUGGGUGUUUUGAUGGAUUCUGUUUUAAAUGGGGGCUGUCAGAGCAGGCCUUGCCAAAAUGU